AUGCAGAAAAGAAAGCUUCUGCAAAUCUCACUCUUCAUAAUCAGCAAAACCCAUUUUUCAUCUUCUUCCAUUAAAUCUUUAACCAAUCUAGACUUUCCGUCCUCAACAACAGUUGAUGAUGAGGAUCCUCUCUACGUCGACGUACCCAAGCCUCGAAAGGAUAAAUCGGAGAGGAAGCCAUAUCCGACUCCGAUGAAGGAGUUGAUUCGGCGCGCCAAGGAGGAGAAACAACUGAGAAAAUCACAGCCCUGUCGAGUUCUGGAAGAUCCACCUGAUAACGGGUUACUCGUGCCGGAACUCGUCCACGUUUCUCACAGAGUUCACCGGUGUCGCGCCUCGUUACUCUCCGGCCUCUCUAAAAUCAUUCAUCAGAUUCCUGUUCAUCGCUGCAGAUUCUGCUCUGAGGUUCACAUUGGCAAGGAAGGACAUGAAAUCAGGACUUGCACAGGCUCAGGGAGCGGUUCAAGAAGUGCGACUCAUGUCUGGAAAAAAGGAAGAGCGAGCGAUGUCGUGUUGUUUCCAAAAAGUUUUCACCUCUAUGACCGUGCUGUCAAACCGAGAGUUACACACGACGAGAGAUUUACCGUCCCUAAAAUCUCUGCGGUUCUCGAGUUAUGCUUACAGGCCGGCGUAGACCUCGAGAAAUUCCCAUCAAAGCGAAGAUCGAAACCUGUUUACAGCAUCGAAGGAAGGAUUGUAGAUUUCGAGGAAGUCGACGGGAAUCCAGAAACCGCAGUUACUACCACUACUACUGUACAUUUACAAGAAGAUGAUCGUUGCAACGCGGAUAAGAAGAGCUUGAAGGAACUAAGCAUUCAGAUGAUGGAGUCAUGGUUUGAAAUGGUUUCAGGGGUCAGGGAACUGAUGGAGAGAUACAAAGUGUGGACUUGUGGGUACUGUCCAGAGAUUCAGGUGGGUCCAAAGGGACACAAAGUGAGGAUGUGUAAAGCGACGAAGCAUCAGAUGCGAGACGGAAUGCAUGCGUGGCAAGAAGCUACGAUUGAUGAUGUGGUCGGUCCAAACUAUGUGUGGCAUGUUCGGGAUCCAGAUGGUUCUGCUCUUGACAAUAGCUUGCAGAGGUUUUAUGGGAAAGCUCCUGCGGUUGUGGAGUUGUGUGUGCAAGCUGGUGCACCGGUGCCUGACCAGUACAAGAGUAUGAUGAGGCUUGAUGUGGUUUACCCUCAACGUGAUGAAGUCGAUCUAGUCGCUUGACCUUUCAAUGUGAUUCAGCAUCGAUCACAUCCCUACUCUCACUAUCUAUUUUUCAGUAGAAACAGUUGGUAUGAAAAAGAAUGCUUAUUAAUAUUAGGAAAAAAAUCAGAACACAAUUUUGGUUCUUUGUAUCCUUCCUAAAUACAAGAGAGCCUAUUGGGCCUUAGAUCUCUAA